UGUCCUAUAACCUCGCCAAACUAUCGUUUCCCAAUUAGCAUCCAUCCAACUAACUAAAGAAUCAAGUAAAUAAUGGAUAUAGCCGGUGCGCCGCCGAAUAAGCGAGCACGGAAAUCGCCCAGCCUGGAGGAGGACAUCACUGGGAUCCGGGCCAUCCUGUCCGAUGAGUUUGACGAGGAGAUACCACUGAUCCAGGCGCACAGUUGCCAGUUGGAGACGAAACAGCAGCUGCAGGCGGUCAUCCAGGAGCUCUCCCAGAAGCUGCCCCACUUCCAGCACCUGAAGCGCGUCCAGGAUCGCAGCGUGCUCAUCUGCCCCAGCUCGGAGAUCGGGGUAGCCACGACCCUGGAGCAGCACCUUGAACAGUUCGCCUUCUCGGAGCACGUGCUGCGUGCCCUGUGCCAGGGAGUCCGGGUGGUGGAGGUGCCGCAACGGAUGCCCCGGCUGCGGGCGCAGUACGAGAAGACCCUGAAGCACUGGCCCUGCAAGUUCCACCCCAAUCACUACUCCGAAUCCCUGCGGAAUGGCAGCAACUUCAGCUCCGCACAGCGCAUCUUCCACAAGAGGAUGGCCCAAUUGCUGGUGAGGCUCUCCCGGGAUGUGAAUGCCAACCGACCAGUCGGCAUCUGCGUGGAUCCACGACAACUGAACAUUGUAUCCAUCGCUGGAGCCGCUGAAUCCUCAAGUCCACACGAGCAUUGCUGCAUGCUGCUGGUGGAUUUUGUGGCCCGAAGUCAAGAGGGAGGAGCCACAAAGGCGGAGCUCCCAUUCACAGAGGAUUCUACGGAAUCCUUGGACACCACUCUGCGGGGGAUACCCAAGGCCUACUACGAUUACCUGAUCAAAGAUGAAGAGUACAAAGACCUAACCUUCGGAGCGGAGAAGUCGAGGGAUAGUAUAGGAGUAGAUCCCAUUCAAGGAUCCGAUAAUCUGGCCAAAUUCGGACCCUAUCUGUGCACCGGCUACGAUGUCUAUCUGCUGCAGGAACCCUGCCUCAUGUGCUCCAUGGCGCUGGUUCACAGCCGGGCGAAAAGGGUGUUCUUCCUGCGCAGCUCGGAGAACGGAGCUCUGGCCACGCGAUUCCAGCUGCACUCGGUGCGGGAACUCAACCAUCACUACGAAGUGUUCCAGUUCACCACCCAGGAGGACCAAGACUUGACGUAACGUUUAACAGACCUUGUUUUAAUAAAGAAGUUUUAUAGAAUAUCUU